CCCCCCAUUCCAACGCCGUCGGUCGCUCCUUCAUUCACGAUUUUUUUCCAUUCCUCUUUUUACCAUCGCUCAUACCCAUAUACGACUACCACGAAAAUGCGCCUACUAAAUUUGUUGCCUAUACCCCUUGUCGCUACCGUUGCAUCUGCAUACUUUGAGAUAACAAGUCCAUCUGAAAACGCUCAAUGGCGGAACGGCGGAGUGAAUGUGAUAUCCUGGGAGAAGGGCACGCUGGACGGAAUCGAUUCGUUCGAUAUAGAGAUGACGAGACUCAGCGAGGACGGGCUGACAUACAUCGCCAGCACAGUCCCCGCCGAGAAGGCCUCGCCGUCGUCAUUAAACGUGUAUCUCGAGAAUAUCCCUGCAGCAGACGAUUAUUUCCUUCUCUUCCUCAACGCGACCCACGGAAUCAUGUAUACCACCUCGCCCCGCUUUACUAUCCUCAAUUCCUCCGCUACGUCCACGUCUGGUUCGACGCCUACGCCAGAUAGGGCGGUUGCUACCGUCACGAUAAGCGGGACGCCGAAUCCAACACAAGGUUUCGUGACGACGUUUGCAGCUGCGUCGAGUGCUUUACCGAACCUGGAGUGGCGAGCUCUGGUGGGUAUAGGUGCAGUGCUGGUCGCUGGCCUUGGUGGGGCCGUAUGCGUGCUCGUCUAGUUUUUUGUUUUUGUUUUUGUUUUCAUCUGGAAUCACCGGUUUCCUGUGCGCGUUGCAUUGACGGAUAAUGACUUGUUGGAUGGACCUCCCCUCGUUUAUUCGUGCGAGCCCCCUCGUUAAACCUACUUUAUAUUUAUGCUCUCGGGGCCCUAUAAUGUACUAGGAUUCUCUUUCAUUCGCAUUUCAAACAUGAAAUCAUGAUCGACGGGAUUUUCGUGCUGCGCUAUGGAGACCACACUGCGCAUCCACUGAUUUUCUUUUUUUCGUAAUAAGUAGCUGCGUCUGUCGCCACCGCCGCUUUUUUCAUAAAACAAGUUAUUCCGUUGCCGGCGGCACUGAACGAAG